GGCGUCUGAGGCAUUCAAGUCCGGUGCCAAUGGUGAAGCGGCAGAGUGAGGGCAAAAUAUUGUUGUGUUGACGAGAACAAAAAAUGUUUUAAAACAGACGGAGGUCUUUGUAGAGAUGUUCGCAAAUAAGAAGGCUUGGUUUUCGGCCAGUGUGUCACCAACUUUUCGCGAAUUCUGGCUAUUGGAGUGUGGAAUACUUACAGGGUGGAGAACAGCAGACUACCUUUUCAGUGAGGAUGCUAAACACCCUGAUACACUCAGGAUUUUUAGGAGUGAGGCUUACCUGUGGGAGAAGGUUACUGUUUUCCACAGCUUUUUCCUGAACGCAUGUCAGAAGCGACAGAGUGUAAAGUCAGUCAGCAUCGGUCACUAUGUGCUGCCUCCUGUCCCAGUGCAGGAUGCAGUGAGAAACGUGAUUGGGAGGUUUAUUUGGGAGUGUGAAGAGGACCAGCCAGGCGCACGGGAAAGUUUUACCGACCGGGCAGAAGCAAAGUGUGGCAUUGACAGCAGGACUGAACCAUUAAUUGCAUCAGCACUGUGUUGUGAGGAUCCUCUUAGUAACAUUCUCCCAGAAUUCAUCAGCAUGGACAACCAGCAAAAAUGUUCACGUGUCAUCAGACUGCAUUGUGUUAUACAGAGUGGGUACAUAUUUGAUGUACAUAAAUGUGACAAGGAUAACUCUACUUUUCUUGUUUUGUGUUUUUCAUUUAUUGAUUCAUUGUAUGACACAAAUAGUAUUUUUUUUCUGUCACUGUAACUUGGCCAUAUUUAUUUUACUCAUUUACGUGUGGGAUGCGCAUGCAGACAAAACCAACAUUUAGUUCUCUGGACAUUCAAUUUUAAUUACAUUCAAAGCCAAACAGUAUUUUCAAGUCCAAAAGUUUUUUGAAGGGCAUACAAUGUUUAAAAAAAUGUAUUUAUUAUUUUUUUUAAACUUUUUUUUGUCAAAUCUUUUUAAAACUUUAGUCCUAAAGAAAAAUAUCAAACAUGUAAUGCAUUUUAAUUCUAUUUAGAUCAGAUAAUGGCACAGGUUUAAAUUAAUUUAAACACAAGUAAUUUUACAGAUUAGUAAAAUUACUUGUGUUUUGCAAAUGUAAACUAAAUGAAUGGAUGCAUGGGCGGAAUUUGAUCAAAAGGCCUUGAAAGGGUCAAAAUAAAAAGUAUAAUAAAAAAAAACAUUGCAUGUUUGUUAUUUUUAUGUGGAGCUCAAGUUAAUUGAGAGAUUUAAGAUAACAACUAUUCAAAUCUAAAAAAAAAUAAGCCUUUCUUGUUUGGGUUUGCUGUAUUGUUCAAUAGCCUAAGUAAAAAACCCUUUGUAAUAUACAUUUUUAACAUAUAAUAUGGCCAUAAAUGUACUGAAAGGACAACCAAUUCAACCUUAGUCCCCUAGGGUUAAAACACAUUUCAUUUCACUAUAUGAAAUUAUACUUUUUGUGUAUUGUAUGUCUAUUUUUUAAAAUAAUAACCUUAAAAAAUAUUUAUAUAAAACCUCAAGAGGGACAAGCAGUAGAAAAUGUUUGUUGACCAUAUAUACACAUAAGAUAAUCGCAAAAACUUGUCACAGAUGAGAGGAAAAAGUUUUUUUCGACAAGCUGAACUAAAGUCCAGUUGCGAUCUCUCUCAUAAUGCAAGGGUGUCCAAACUUUUUCCACUGAGUGCUGCAGACUGAAAAAUCUAAGUAUGCUGGGGCCAUUUUGAUAUUUUUCUUUUUUAAAAGCAAUACAAUACUUGUUUUUUUUUUUUUACCUUUAUGGCUUUCCUCAAGUUUGGUCCCCAGUCUCCAGAAGGGUCUCAGUCAUAAAAAUGUUAGAAAUAAGUCAUAAAUUAUUAUUUUUUAUUUAACGCUUGAAUCUCGAGAUCAACUUCAGGUCUGUCUGUCAUUAUAACAUUUUUUAUUUAUUUUGUUUUUUAUGUUUAUGGCCUUUAUGUCAAAACCCUUAUUUAUAUGGCAAACACACAAACUAUGCGACAUUUUCCCCCAAAACAUUUCAAAGUGGAAUAUUUCACGUGAAGUAAUUGGAACCCUAAAUAGGUCAAUAAUUCAUAACAAUAAAAAAAGAAUAUGUGUUAAAAUAAGCCAAAUGUAUAUUUAUAUAUUUUUUUACUUUUAACGCUUAAGUCUGUAGAACUCUUGAUUAUAAGAUUUUAUAAUUUUUUUCAUAGUUUUUUGUUUGUUUGGUGCCCUUUUUGUGAAAGAAAACUUUGUUUCGCACAAAAUAAACCAUAUUAUCCCCCCAAAAUUUUUGAAAGUAAAAUUGUUCCAGUGAAGUAAUUGGAGCCUUCAGCAGGUCAAUAAUAGUCCGCAUAGCAGCUUUGUGUUAUUAGUGUCAAUACUGCAACUUUUACUUGUUACAUGUCACUGUUUACUCUUUUAUUACACUCUUUUAUGUUGUACAUUUUUAUUAUAGUAUUUUUUUAGAAUGGGGCGGGGGCCAUUAACAAAUUAGCUGGGGGCCACAAAUGGCCCUCGGGCCGCACUUUGGACACGCCUGUCAUAAUGAGACUCCAUUGACCCGAAUGAAUGAGAAUAUUUGUCGUUUUAGUUAGGGAUGUUUAUUCAAGAGAGAUUGCAUGGGUCAUGCGGAAGUGGUAGUUGCGUCACGUGUACUAAUUUCAGCCAAUCAGAACACCUAAGCGUAGACAACAUUUGGACUGCUAUUCAUGUAAUGCAGUGGCUAUCAACCUUUUUUCAGAGAUGUACCCCCUGUGAAAUUUUUUUUGAUUCAAGUACCCCCUAAUCAGAGCAAAGCAUUUUUGUUUGAAAAAAAGAGGUAAAGAAGUAAAAUAUAGCACUAUGUCAUCAGUUUCUGAUUUAUUAAAUAUUGCUCAUUUGUAGUGGUCUUUCUUGAACUAUCUGGAAAAAAAGAUAUUAAAAAAACUAAAAACUUGUUGAAAAAUAAACAAGUGAUUCAAUUAUAAAUAAAGAUUUCUACACAUAGAAGUAAUCAUCAACUUAAAGUGCCCUCUUUGGGGAUUGUAAUAGAGAUCCAUCUGGAUUCAUGAACUUAAUUCUAAACAUUUCUUCACAAAAAAAUAAAUCUUUAACAUCAAUAUUUAUGGAACAUGUCCACAAAAAAUCCAGCUGUCAACACUGAAUAUUGCAUUGUGGUAUUUUUUUUUCACAGUUUAUGAACUUACAUCCAUAUUUUGUUAAAGUAUUAUUCAAUAAAUAUAUUUAUUAAGGAUUUUUGAAUUGUAGCUAUUUUUUUAGAAUAUUUUUAAAAAAAGCUCACGUACCCCUUGGCAUACCUUCAUGUACCCCCAGGGUACGCUUACCCCCAUUUGAGAACCACUGAUGUAAUGCGUUAUUGGGUUCUAUAAUAUUUCA